GUGGCUGUCUGGUCUGCUGAGACCUGUUCUAGCCGUAAAUCUAUAAAUCCUCCACAGUUAGGCAAAGAAAAAAAUAUAUAUAUAUACAUAUUUCGCUGCAUUAUUAUUAACGCUCCUCCAUCUGGCCAUCGUUAUAAAUAGCCAGGAACAGACAGUGUCGAUCCGGGGCGUCGACUGGCCGAUAGGCAGAGCAUCCAUUCCUCCUUUCAAAGGCUGUUAGCCUCAAUUAAAGGCAGGGGGCAGCGGUGUCGGAGGGAAUUCCAACAUGUCCGGCUACCAAGGAAAGAAGAAUAUCCCUAAAAUUACUAGCGACCGUCUCCUCGUCAAGGGAGCAAAGAUAGUGAACGAUGAUCAGUCCUUCCUGGGCGACAUCUACAUGGAGGAUGGAGUCAUUAAGCAAAUUGGAGACAACCUGAUUGUUCCAGGUGGAGUCAAGAUCAUAGAAGCCCAUGGGAGAAUGGUGAUGCCUGGGGGCAUUGAUGUGCACACCCGUUUCCAGAUGCCUGACCGAGGCAUGGUGGCGGCGGAUGACUUCUAUCAGGGCACCCGGGCGGCCCUGGCUGGCGGCACUACUAUGAUCAUCGACCAUGUGGUACCGGAGCCUGGUGUCAGCCUGCUGGCUGCUUUCAAACAAUGGAGAGAGUGGGCUGACAGCAAGUCCUGCUGUGACUAUUCCCUGCAUGUAGACAUCACAGAGUGGAACAACAGCACCCAGGAGGAGAUGGAGACACUAGUGAAGGAUCAUGGUGUCAACUCUUUCCUGGUCUAUUUGGCUUAUAAGGACGUUUUCCAGCUUUCAGACGCUCAGAUCUAUGAGGUUUUCAGCGUCAUCAGAGACCUGGGAGCCAUUGCUCAGGUUCACGCUGAAAAUGGAGACAUCGUUGCAGAGGAGCAGAAACGCAUUUUAGAGCUGGGGAUCACUGGCCCUGAAGGUCACGUACUGAGUCGUCCUGAAGAGGUGGAGGCUGAGGCAGUCAACCGCUCGGUCACUAUAGCCAAUCAGACCAACUGUCCCCUGUACAUCACCAAGGUGAUGAGCAAGAGUGCAGCUGAUGUCAUUGCUCUUGCUCGAAAGAAAGGUGCUGUGGUUUAUGGAGAACCCAUAUCCGCCAGCUUGGGGACAGAUGGAACCCAUUACUGGAGUAAGAACUGGGCCAAAGCGGCAGCCUUUGUCACCUCUCCGCCGCUCAGUCCUGAUCCCACCACCCCUGACUACCUCAACUCUCUGCUGUCAUGCGGGGACCUGCAGGUGACUGGUAGUGCUCACUGCACGUUCCAUACAUCCCAGCGCGCAGUAGGCAAAGAUAAUUUCUCCAUGAUUCCAGAAGGCACCAAUGGCACCGAGGAGAGGAUGUCUCUUGUCUGGGACAAAUGUGUGGUGACUGGAAAGAUGGAUGAAAACCAGUUUGUGGCAGUAACCAGCACGAACGCAGCCAAGAUCUUCAACCUGUUCCCCCGCAAAGGUCGCAUCGCCGUGGGUUCCGAUGCCGACCUCGUGCUUUGGGACCCAGAUCUAACAAAGAUCAUCUCAGCAAAGAGCCACAACCUGGCUGUUGAGUAUAAUAUCUUUGAGGGGACAGAAGUGCGCGGGGGCCCUGUGGUGGUGAUCAGCCAGGGUAAGAUUGUGUUGGAGGAGGGGACCCUUCACACCACGGAGGGCUGCGGACGCUACAUCAGCCGUAAACCCUUCUCAGAUCACGUAUACAAGAGGAUAAAGGCUCGCAGCAGGCUCACAGAGCUGCGAGGAGUCCCCAGGGGCCAGUAUGAUGGGCCAGUAUGUGAAGUAACCGUGACUCCAAAAGUAAUGUCCCUAGUUUCCUCGAUGAAGACCUCCCCUGCUAAGCAGCAGCAGCAACAGCAGUUCCCUCAUCAGCCGGUGCGCAACCUCCACCAGUCUGGCUUCAGCCUCUCCGGCGCCCAGAUUGAUGACAACGUUCCGCGUCGCACAACUCAACGUAUUGUGGCGCCCCCUGGUGGAAAGGCAAACAUCACCAGCCUCGGCUAAGCUGCUUUUCCUCGACUUAGCCUCAGAAGGAACAUGGGACCCAGAGGCCACAAUUACCAACAUCACACCCGUUUUCUAUCACUUCUGGCUCCCCUGCACUACUUCUGACCGUCUUACACCACAAAGUCACCUCAUUAUUG